AUGGGCAAGCGCUACAACCUCUUCCCUGAUCCCAAGAAGGGCAAAGGACGGAUGGUCCUGAAGAAGCCUGCAGGGGUCAAGUCAGCCUCGUGGUCCAAGGUGCCUUACCAGCGUCACAAACUAGGAGGAGGUUUUCUUCGCAAGGAUCAGACGAAGUGGCGUCGUAACAUCCAACAACUCCUAAAGGCAACCGACAACCAAAUCUUGGACAUGCUCAUGAAGGACAAGUUCCUGCCGAACUGGGAGGGUUGUGUAUGUCCUUUCUGCAACAAAGGUGUGCUGGGUCCAUUGUCUGAUAGGCCUUCAAGGGACACCAAGGCCUACAGGUGCAACAAGAAGAACUGCCAGAAGUACGUCUCUCCGGCUCAUCUGCAUCCCCUCUUCACAGUCCUUCGUGGUCCAGAAGGGCACAGCCUCCAAGUGCAAGCUACUGCACUCCUCCUUCGCCUCGCUGGAGUUCCUCUGGCCACCAUCCAUCUGCUCACGAACAUAAAUCACAAAGCAAUUGAGAGGCUCAACAGCAAUCUCAAUUUCCUCCGGAGUGGCCACGUCACACAGGUUGAGAAAACCAUCAAGUUUGGGGGCGCCCCCAAGGCUUGGAGAGACGUGGAGGUGGAUGAGGCUUGCUUCGACAAGCGGACUCUGAAGCCGUGGGAGCAAACAGAGAAGGAUGCCCAGCAAGGCAAGAACACUGAGUGGGAACAGUGGGGAGGGUUAGUCCAGCGAGGAUGUCCCAAGAGCUUGGUCCUAUUCAAACUUCGCCCUGCCAUCACAGUACCCAGAGCACCGGGGCCAGGUGCUAUUCGCAAGGUAGACUGGACUCCAGUGGCCCAGAAGUGGCUCAAGAACAGGCGUGUCAUCUUGCACUCGGAUUCGGCCCGGUCAUAUCGCAGCAAGGUGGAUGGAAUGCUGCACGAUGCAGUCGUCCACAAGAAACGCAGGGUCAAAAAGGGCAACAAAUGGGUUUGGGUCAAGCCUGUGUAUGUGAAGAUUUCCACUCACAAGCUUCCGGAUGGCACCGUCAUCAAGACCAAGGGGGGCACCCAAAUCAUCGACCGUGCCUGGCGUUUUAUCAAAGACCGUCUCCGAUUAAACCAGCAUGGCAAGGCAUCCUCCAAGCAGCUGGCAGCCCAGAUCCGUAGUGCACAGUACGAGUACUGGCACCGCAACGAGGAUCUGUGGGUAUGCACAGGCCAGCUCUUGGAUGAGUACAUGCGAAGCAUUGUCACCAAGCCUGAGUGCUAG